GGACCCAAGGCGGAGGCGCGGACGCGCUCAGGCCGGAACAGGCGGCCCAGCGGCCGCAUCAUGGACUCGGGCCCCGAGGAGUAUGAGCUCAACGGCGACCCGCGACCUGGCUCGCCCGAUGCCUCGCCACCCCGCUGGGGCUGGAGGCACCGGCCCAUCAACGUGAACCACUACGCCAACAAGAAGAGCGCGGCCGAGAGCAUGCUGGACAUCGCGCUGCUGAUGGCCAACGCGUCGCAGCUGAAGGCCGUGGUGGAGCAGGGCCCCAGCUUCGCCUUCUUCGUGCCCCUGGUGGUCCUCAUCUCCAUCUCGCUGGCGCUGCAGAUUGGCGUGGGGGUGCUGCUCAUCUUCCUCGUCAAGUACGACCUGAACAACCCAGCCAAGCACGCCAAACUGGACUUCCUCAACAACCUGGCCACGGGCCUGGUAUUCGUCAUCGUGGUGGUCAACAUCUUCAUCACGGCCUUCGGGGUCCAGAAGCCCAUGGCGGACGUGGCGCCACAGCAGUAGGGGAGCCGGCAGGGCCAGAGGGGAAACUGAGGCUGGGAGGGCUGAGACGCCUCGCACAGGUCAGACUGUGUGACUCACACACAGGCCCUUGCUCCGGAUACUUGUCCAUACAGCCCAGUGCUGUGGGCUGCACACCAGGAACCUCUCACGCUCUGCCGUCCACCUUUCAGAAGCCUGCAUCGCACUUGCCCUGCAGCCUACCCGCCUGACCCUGGGAGCCGCUGCGUCCUGUGGCAUCCACCCGCUGCGCGUGGCGCUCUCUGGAGCCUCCAGAGCCCAGGCUGGCCUCUGCUGGACCGGGCCCAGCGGCCAGCCACUGCUCCGACUGCUGCACAGGGGGCCGCUGUGUUGUAUGUGGGGGCCGGUGGCAGGCCCAGAAGGUUGGAACUGGACAGCCCAGCAUCCUGUGCCCGGAGAAGGGUCGUGGCCCCCUGGGGACAAGCUGCAGGUCCAUGGAUGGGCCAGACCAAGGGCCCCGGCCGGCCUCUGUCUCAGGACAUUCCCGAGGGACAAGGAGUUGCCUCACCUCCCGCCGAUGCACCAGCACCCCCAUCUCCCAGUCUCCCUGCUGACCUCAGUGCCUGGGAUUGGCGACCAUUGGGAGGGAGCCGUGCCCACAUGGGCACCUGGCCCUGCCCCGCAGUGACCGGCAGAGCCUCUGCCCCCUCCUCGGGAGCCCAAGCCCCGCGUUUUCUAAUCAGGAAUGACUAAUAAAGCCCUGAUCCUC